AUGGCUCAGAAAAAAUUAUUAAUUACAUUAAAUAAGGACGAAUAUGGAUCAUUUGGGUUCUCUUUGCUGGGUAAAUUUGAAGGAAUCCCACAUGUAAUAUACGAAGUAAUCGAGGAUUCACCUGCAGCAGACGAAAUUGAAGCUGGAGAUGUGAUUUUAAAAGUCAAUGGAACAGACGUGCAUCGUUACUCGACAAAAGAAGUAUUGAAAUGUCUUCGAUUAUCAGAAGAUCCGGUCACAUUAGAAUUAAAACGAGAUCCAAACAUAAAGGAUCAUGUGAGGAAAUAUUUAGCAACAAGUGCAGGACAAGAUAUAGGAAAUUCAUCGUCAAUUCCAUCAUCGCCAGUAAAUAGUUCAUCAAAAGGACAUCGAACAAGUUCGUCAGACUCAUCUGCAUGUCGAAAAUCUCGAAUUCCGGUUAAUAAUGUUAGAAUUUCAUCAAUAAGUGCUCCACAAUCACCACAAGCAAUAAAGCCAAAAUAUCAGUCACAGAUACCGACCGCAAACGGUAUAACAACAAAGAAACAAACACCAAGGUUUGAGGCGUAUAUGAUGACAGGAGACUUAAUAUUGAAUUUAUCAAGAACGCCACAAAGUUCUAAUCUGAUACCAGCACAAGCAAAAAAGUCAACAAUGGAUAGUUUAAGAGACUCGCCAGUUAGAAGUUUAAAACGAAAGAAUGGUGUAGCACCAAAAGCGAAUUACGAUUCAUCACCUUCGGAAUCAUCAUCAGCGAGUAUAAAUGAAUUAGGAUCUUAUGAAACGUCAGAGAAUCACAUCCAUCAAAACAGUAGUAGUAAAGAUGACAAUCGUAAAGCGAGUAAACUGAGUCGAUUUACGGCAAGUGAUUCACACACGACAAAUGAGAGUUUGGACGAAGAAGAGGAGCAACUAUUAAUGGAGAAUUCUAAUAAUCCAUCACCAGAAUUGUUUGAAGACGAGCGUAAUAAUAAGAAAUAUAAUAUAACAAAUAUAGGCUGUGCAAAUAAUAUGUCGUCGUCUUCAUCAUCAUCUCCAACAAAUACAAAUUCGUCUAAUUCAUCAACGAAUAACAAUUAUGAUGGUGGCGGAAGUAAAGAUCAUGAGAAUGAUGGUGAUCAAGAGAUUAACAAAACAUCAUCGUCGCAUGGACAUAAGAAAAAUCAAAAAUAUACAGUUUUAUACAAUGAAGAAAAUCAAAUAAUUCAACAGCAACAACAAAACAAUUUAGAUGUACGAAAAGAAUUGAAUGUGACGCCAAGUCUAUCAAUGUCAUCUACAACGACUACUUCCUCAGCAUCAACGACAAUAAAUCGAAGUGAAAAUUUACUUACGCCAACUUUGGAUGUAAACAUUUCACAUUCUGUGCCUACAUCACCAACGUCACUUUCUACGCCGCUAUUAGAUGCAGCUAAGAAACGAGAUUUAGCUGUCAGCUCAGUUCCAACAAGUCCCGAGUGCAUUCAACAGGAAAUGGUUGUACGGAGAAAUAGUAGUAAUAUACAAAAUCAACAGAAUGGCAUAGCACUUAGGAAAUGUGACGUUAGUGGAUUCCGAACUAGUCGAUCUGAGGAUCAUCUUCAACAUUCACAACGAGAAGGCAUUAUGGGAAAUGCAAUUCCUAUUGAUAUUGAUGAGGACAUCAAUAGCUCAUUAAAUACACUUUUAGAUACAAGACAUGAUUCAGAAGAUUCACAGAAUUCAAAUCGUGACCUACGAGUAGUAUGGACUUAUAAUGCACCAGUUGCUCAAAAUACGACGAAUAUUCAUGGCAGUAAUAAUAUGCAAGGCAUAACGUCUCCCACAUCACACUCAAGUUCAAUUAGCACAUCUCCACAACAUAGUGAUAGUCCCGCAUCUCCAACAUCUGUGUCAAGUUCCGUAAUGUCAUCGUCUGGAUCAAAAGGAAAUGGUCUAGGCAAUGUUUGCGGACAAAAUAUUAUGUUUUUAAGUAGUGGUGGUGGUGAUCAGAGCCAAAGUGUAUCGGAAGCAAUUUCCAACAUUUCAAGUCCCGAUUAUCAAGACGAGCACGAUUUACUAAGUACACGAGAUUUAUCGGCAGCAAUGGCAAUAAGCGAUCCAAGCGAUUCCGAUUCAACGUUAAUUGUUGAUCAAGUAAGAAAAGAGAAGGAACAAAAAGCUGUGAUUCAAGUAAUGACUAAUGAUGGUCUUAAAUGCAAUGCCAAUGAUUUAAUAUAUACAGAAGACGAAUUAGCAACACUUACCAAUGAACCAAUUAUACUAUCAGUAUCAGAAAAUCAGGAACAUCGUGGAUCAUCACCUAUUUCAGACGAUGGAUCAGACGUCGAUUCACUUCAUUCAUUCCAUUAUUCUCCAAAAGCAGUCGACAUUCCAAGUGCUGUGCGACUUGCGAAGAGAUUAUACACAUUAGACGGCUUUAAGAAAAGUGAUGUUUCAAGACAUUUAAGUAAAAAUAAUGAAUUUAGUCGAGUUGUUGCCGAUGAAUAUUUAAAAUAUUUUCAAUUUGAGAAGCUGACAUUGGAUGAGUCACUUCGUCAAUUUUUAAAACAAUUCGCACUAUCGGGUGAGACACAGGAGAGAGAAAGGGUUUUAGUGCACUUCUCAAAACGCUAUCUAGACUGCAAUCCCAAUACAUUUAAUUCACAAGAUGCUGUGCAUACGUUAACAUGUGCGAUUAUGCUGCUAAACACGGACCUUCAUGGACAAAAUAUCGGUAGGAAAAUGACAUGUUCUGAAUUUAUUGAGAAUCUAAGCGAGCUCAACGACGGAGAUAAUUUUCCAAAGGACGUAUUAAAACAUUUAUAUCAAGCUAUUAAAAGUAAUCCAUUGGAAUGGGCGCUCGAUGACGAUCCAGCUGAUAUUAAUCAAAAGCAAAAUCGUCAUGAAAGCAGCUUACAAGGACCGCCAGUUGGCACCAAUCCAUUUUUGGAUAUACCACAGAAUAUACCAGCAGUUGAAUAUAAAAAGGGAUAUGUGAUGAGGAAAUGCUGCUAUGACUCCAACAAUAAGAAAACGCCUUUUGGAAAGCGAUCAUGGAAGAUGUUUUAUUGUACAUUAAGGGAUCCACUUGUUAUGUAUCUUCAUAAAGAUGAGAGGGGAUUUCACAAAAAUCAGCUCUCUGAUAAUGUUCACAAUGCAAUAAGAAUUCAUCACUCGCUAGCGACAAGGGCAGCAGAUUACACCAAAAAGCAGCAUGUAUUUAGACUUCAGACAUCUGAUCAAUCAGAAUAUUUAUUUCAAACGAGUGACUCUAAGGAACUCCAAUCAUGGAUUGACACAAUUAAUUUCGUUUGUGCCUCUUUUUCAGCGCCACCACUAGAAGGCGGUGUUGGAAGUCAAAAACGUUUUCAGCGUCCUCUACUUCCUUGCUCACAGACUAAGUUAAUGUUGCGGGAUCAACUAGCAUCACAUGAGGAGCAAGUAACGAAAUUAGAGAGCGAGAUAACUGAACAUAAACAAGGAACAGUGCCAACUAAAGGAUUAGCUUUACAAAAUUAUCGAGAAAAAGAAGCAUAUUUACAAUUUGAGCUGAAACGAUAUAAAACAUACGUCUAUCUAUUAAGUUCCCACUUGAACUCAAAUCCAACAGAUCUUAUUAAUAUUAUAAUAAAUAGUGGCGAAAAUUCGACACCAACAACACCAACAUUAGGCGAAGAAGAUGAGUUGAGAGCAUUAACUCAACAGCAAGGGACGAACAGGUAUAGUUAUCGAGCCGCAAUAUAUCGAUCCGAACAAGAUAUAGGAUGA